AUGGCUUCCAGCCAAAGGAACCAAGCCACUGAGAGGUCCAGUAGGGAAGAAAAGGAAGGUCCAUACACCUCCCAGGACAUGCUAGUCCUUCAGAUUCUGUGCCAUCUGUUCCUAGAUGACAAAAUAACCAAAUUAUUGGAGUUCCUGCUCCGUAAGUAUCAAAAGAAGGAGCAGAUCACCAUGGAAGAAAUGCUUCACAUUGUGGACCAUGAGUACCAUGAGUACUUCUCUGUAAUCUUUAGAGAAGUUUGUGAAUACAUGUGUCUGGGCUUUGGUAUUGAUGUGAGGGAAGUGGACCCCCCUGGCCACAAGUAUGUCUUUGUUCCAAUCUUGGGCCUCACUUAUAGUGGGAUACCAGGUGGUGAUGACAAGAUCAUUCCCCAACUCAUCCUCCUGAUAGUCAUGUUGACUUUCAUCUUCUUGAAGGGCAACCAUGUCAGUGAGGAGGAUGUAAUGGAAUUGCUGAGAACAAAGGAGAUGUUACCAAAGAGGGAGCACUCUGAUAUAGGGGAGGUCUGGAAAUUCAUCGUAGAAGAUUUGGUACGAGAGCAGUAUCUAGAGUAUCGGCGGGUACCCAAUAGUGAUCCAGCUCACUAUGAAUUCAUAUGGGGUCCAAGGACCCAUGCUGAAACCAGUAAGAUGAAAGUCCUGGAGCAUUUGGCUAAGAUUAAUAGGAGAGAUCCCAGGUCUUAUCCACAUCUAUAUGAAGACGCUUUGAAAGAGGAGCAAAAGGCUACCCAUGUGUGA